AUCUUCUUAAACACACAAUCUUCGCUGCAACUCUUCUGACAGUCAGCGAGCAACUCUACGGCGCUCCAAACAAUUAGCUGCUGUGGGAUGAAUCUGGCUGCUUCACAAGUCUGCUGGUUAUGUGCGUUUGACAACCACGAAGAGGCGUUUCUGUCACAACAGCUUGCCAGUGUCACUGAACCUAACUGCCUUCCUACAGAGCUGGGCAGACAGGAGGGAAGGGGGAGAGCUUUAACCCUGGUCUCCCUUGCCGACCCUGAGUAAACCAGCUAGCCAUGGAUGACAGCUCCUCACUGGGCAAAGUCAGCAGCUCUACAGAGUCCGUGGCCACCGUCACCAGUGAGGAGUUUGUUCUGGUACAGACCAGCUCUGCCGGAUCACCACAGGGUUCUGAAGGCAAGCCAAGACUUAAGAUGUCUUGGAAUGGGAGUGAACAGCUGGAGAAAGCUAUGGAGGAGAUACUGGAUGAUGAUGAUGAUGAGGUAAAGGUAGAGAAAAGCAGUGUGGAAAAGAUGGAGAAGCACAGGGAACCAGAGAGCCGAGUCCUGGAGACCCAACCAGCUGAAGCAUGUCCAGCAUUAUCCAGCUCCACGGUCCCCACAGAGGAGGACAGUGUCCAGUUCAACAAGCUGUCUUACCUGGGCUGCACCUGGGUCAAAGCCCCACGCAACGAGGCUGAAGCGCAGAGGGCUAUGGCCACACUGCGAGCUGAGAGUGCCAUCCCCAUCCCCAUCACCCUGCAUGUCCCCUGUGGUCCAGAUGGCUCUGUCAGGAUUGUGGACCAGGCCUCAGGAACAGAGAUCGCCUCCUUCCCCAUCUACAAAGUGUUGUUCUGUGCUCGUGGCCGAGAGGGCUCAGUGGAAAGUGACUGUUUCUCCUUCACUGAGAGCUACCGAAGUUCUGAGGACUUUCAGAUUCAUGUUUUCUCCUGCCACAUCAAAGAGGCUGUCAGUCGCAUCCUGUACAGUUUCUCUACAGCCUUUCGGCGUUCUUCGCGGCCAGCGGACAUCAGAGACACAACACAGUCCAGUCCGCCUGACAGUGACCUGUACACCUUCACUGUGUCGCUGGAGAUCAGGGAGGAUGAUGGCAAAGGCAACUACAGUCCAGUGCCUAAGGACAGAGAUAAGUUCUACUUCAAACUGCGACAGGGGGUCCAGAAGAAAGUUGUGGUUUCAGUUCAACAAAUGUGCAACAAGGAGCUGGGCAUCGAAAGGUGUUUUGGGAUGCUACUGAGCCCCGGACAGAAAGUCUGCAACAGUGACAUGCAUCUAUUAGACAUGGAAUCAAUGGGAAAGAGCUCCGAUGGGAAGGCCUACAUAAUCACAGGAACAUGGAACCCCAACAUGGCAGCCUUCCAGCCACUGAACGAAGACACACCAAAAGAUAAGCAGGUCUACAUGACCGUGGCAGUGGACCUGGUAGUGACUGAAGUGGUGGAGCCAGUUCGCUUCCUGUUGGAAACUCUAGUCAGGGUCUAUCCAUCAAACGAACGCUUCUGGUACUUCAGCCGCAAGACCUUCAGUGAGAUGUUCUACCUCAAACUCAGACAGGCACCAGAGAGAAUGGGUCAGAGCGAUGCUGUGUAUGAGGUGGUCAGUCUUCAGAGGGAGGCAGAAAGAAGCAACGAAGAAAGAGGACGACUGGCCUCACCCACUGAGGAAGAGGAGGCUGAUGAAGAUAGUGACAGUGAAAUCUCGAGUGGGACUGGAGAUGUUUCCAAAGACUGUCCUGAGAAAAUCCUGGAGUCCUGGGGAGGAAUCCUCAAUAGAUGGCAUGGGAACCUGUCCACUCGUCCGAAGGGUUUGUCCUCAUUGGUUCGCAGUGGCAUUCCUGAGCCACUCAGAGCUGAAGUCUGGCAGCUGCUGGCUGGUUGCCACGACAACCAUGACCUGCUUGAGCACUACCGCAUCCUCAUCACCAAGGACUCGGCUCAGGAAGGUGUCAUAACGCGUGACAUCCACCGCACUUUUCCCGCACACGACUACUUUAAGGACUCUGAUGGAGAUGGACAGGAUUCUCUGUACAAGAUCUGUAAGGCCUACUCUGUCUAUGAUGAGGAAAUUGGUUAUUGUCAGGGGCAGUCAUUCCUUGCUGCUGUUCUCCUGCUGCAUAUGCCUGAGGAGCAGGCCUUCUGUGUGUUGGUGAAAAUCAUGUAUGAAUACGGGCUCAGAGCUCUCUACAAGAACAACUUUGAAGAUCUUCACUGCAAAUUCUACCAGCUGGAGAGACUGAUGCAGGAACAGCUUCCAGACCUAUGGUCCCACUUCCAGGAGCUGAACUUGGAAGCCCACAUGUAUGCCUCCCAGUGGUUCCUCACCCUCUUCACUGCCAAGUUCCCUCUCUGCAUGGUUUUCCACAUCACCGACCUGCUGCUCUGUGAGGGACUGAACAUCAUCUUCAAUGUAGCCCUGGCCCUGCUUAAGACGUCCAAAGAGGAUCUCUUGCAGGCAGACUUUGAAGGGGCUCUUAAGUUCUUCAGAGUCCAGCUCCCUAAACGAUACAGAGCUGCAGAGAACGCCCGAAGGCUUAUGGAGCAGGCCUGCAACAUCAAGGUUCCAACCAAAAAGCUGAAGAAGUUUGAGAAGGAAUAUCAGUCACUGAGAGAGAGCCAGCUGCAACAAGAAGACCCCAUCGAUCGAUACCAGAGGGAGAACCGUCGUCUGCAGGAGGCCAGCAUGCGACUGGAACAGGAGAAUGACGACUUGGCACAUGAACUGGUCACCAGUAAGAUCGCACUUCGGAACGACCUCGAUCAGGCAGAGGACAAAGCCGAUGUUUUGAACAAAGAGCUGCUGACCACCAAGCAACGUCUGGUGGAAACCGAGGAGGAAAAGAGGCGGCAGGAGGAGGAGACGGCUCAGUUGAAGGAAGUUUUCAGGAGGGAACUGGAAAAAGCAGAGUUGGAGAUCAAGAAAACCACAGCAAUCAUAGCGGAGUACAAACAGAUCUGCUCCCAGCUGAGCACCAGGCUGGAAAAACAGCAGGCGGCAACAAAAGAAGAGCUAGACAUCGUCAGGAACAAAGUAAUGGGCUGUGACCACUGUAGGGACCUGUUCAGCACCCUGGGGUCCCUCCAGGUUUCAUCCCCCGGGAGUGACAAGACAUCUAACGAGCCAAUGGACGAGGAGAAGGAUGGACUGAAGGAGCAGCUGAGACAACUGGAGCUGGAGCUGGCACAGACCAAACUACAGCUGGUGGAAGCCAAAUGUCGCAUCCAGGAGCUCGAGCAUCAGCGAGGCGUCCUGAUGAACGAGAUCCAAGCCGCCAAGAACUCUUGGUUCAGCAAGACUCUGGGGUCUCUGAAGAGCUCUGCCUCGUCUUCGUCCAGCUCCUCAUCACAGACCCCGUCCUCUCCAAAGGAAGGGCCCGCCUAGGUGACCCUCUCUUCCCCUGCAGGAUGCACACUAGAGCUGAGCAACACAAGCUGGAGAAACAAGCAGCGGAGAAAUGCAGUAUUCCUUUUCCAGCAGGUGGCUUCCUGAACUGCAGAUAGCUGAAGAGAUGAGGGACGAAAGAGGCGGAGGACUAGAACAGAUGCUUGUCUCUGAGUGAACUAGAAAGUGUCUGUUGACCUUCUCUGGUUCACAGGUGAUGAGACAGGUGAGGGUGAAUCAUCAGCGAGGUCUGACGUUCAUUUAAACGUCACUGGUCACUGCUGACUCAGCAAACAUAACAGAAUCUGUCUUAUAGGUCAAUGAGCUCCACCCUGUGUCCUGACAUUGCUACUGCAGAGAUCCAUCAUUUUAUCUAAAAAUUCCACCUGCAUUCAGUCCCACAAGCAGCACACUGUCUUUAAUGAUGGUGGCACAGCUGCAUCACAACGGUAUUAUACAUUUACUGUUUAAAAAUAUAACCGUCUCCAUUCACCUUCUUCAGCGCAGCAAAGCCACAGUGCUCUAUAGAAGGAAUACUGCACCCAGUCUUAAAUGAGAACAACACAAAAGUUGUACUUCUUUAUAGUAAUAUAACGUAAACAAUGUUGUCAUAUAAAUAUGUAUAACUAAUUAUUGAUUUUUUAAAUAAUCUUGUACAGUUCUUUAAAAGAAAAACAACAACAGGAAAAGUUCUUAAAUUUCUUUUCUACUAUUUGGAAAUUGAAUGUCAUCUCUCUAGAUGUUGACGUAAGCACAGUGUGUGAUGGAUGUGGUCGGGUCCAAACGCUGAAGAGCCAAAGUGACAACCUGUCGAGAUUUUUUUGUUCAGUGUUCCUAGUGGUUUUUCAGUAGUCGGUGAAACUGACUCAUGGUCUGCAAUCUCAUUGACUUGACCUUUUUUUAAUUCCAGUUCAAUAUUUUUAAUUUAAUGUUUUAAGUUUGUUUGUUUUUUUAAAUAAUUUGACACAGAUCAUGACAUUUUGUGAAAAAUUUGACUGGCUGCAACAAAAAUUGACUCUUGGUCCCUUUUCUGUGUCUGUUCCGUCCUUUUAAAAUUUUUAAUGAUUCAUUUUGGUUAUUCAUUUUGGAAGUUUUAUGUUGCUCAUUCAUUUACAGAAUGAAAUGCUGGCUUCCACAGAGCCAGAUAAGACAAACCAAACUGAGUCUAUCAGUCUAUAAUCUGUACCAACAUGCAGAUGACACCCGCAGAAGUCUUCACCAUUUCCAACUUUCAUGAAAAUUCACAGAAUUGACACUUUAAAUUCCACCUAAUAAUAUAGUUUAGGCCCUAAAGCAUCUGUUAUGCAGCACAGUUCAUCCAUGAACAAACAUCUCAAAAGAUUAAUAAGCAAGAUUAAGUUGCAAUAUUGCUCUAAAAUUGCCAAACAGUUAAGGCCAUUUGUGCAACUUCGACAACAUCCUCUUUGCUCUUUGUCGUGCUCAUGUACUUUCUUAUUGAUGCUUUACACAGUGAGAAGGAUGCAAAGUUUCCCUGUGUCCACUGUGGGCUGUUGCCUCUGAUGCUCAGAGAUAAAACUCCACUGUAUCCUCUAAACAGUAAUGUGCAGGUAAAGCUAAUAAAGAUCACAUAUGCUGGCCAAAUUAUCAUGUCAUCACGAACAGCAGAUGGCGCCACAUUCAAAUUAGCUAAAAGGACAAGUUUUGAUUUACUUACUAACACUUUGUACUUAUUACAUUGCUGGUUGCCAAUAUAAAAGAUACAAGGAUGCUUGUUUUGCUGAUAAACAUCAGUUAUCUGUAGUGUGAACACAUGUUAGUGCUGCAGGUAGAAAGCUGCAGUCUAGAUGCCAACUGUCCUGCUCUACGCUGGUUGACACCAAGUCAGCCUUUGGACUCGGACCAAUCCCAUACCUAAUUUGUGUGUGUGAGUGUGCGUUUGAAUGUAUGAUUGUGCACGUGUUCUGCACUGUAGUGGUCAAAGUUCACGUGGCUGCCUUUUCUGUUGAUGACUGCUGCAGUUGGCCGUUGAGAGACUGAACUGCUGGAGAGCGUCAGCUGUGCCAUAAAAGCCUCAUCUCUGCUCCUGUCCAGUGGUCUUCCUCUGUGUCCCAAACGAUCUGUACCAACCUCACCAACAGCCAUGUCAUUUAUUAAAACGUCUGCUGAAGGUCGUUUUCAGCUGCGCGUCUCACACAUUUCCACAUGGAGCCUCCCAGUGCUACAGCCACCAUCAUCUUGCUGGUGGCCAAAGGGCAACUCACCUGAAGGAAAUGCUUUGUUUUAUAAUGGAAAAGCAGAAAACAACAGCUGACUGUCUGAACAUCAUUGAAUUCCAGGUGUGUUGUGCGUUACCAGGACAUUCCGUCUUCACUGUUGUGCGUCAUUUUUGUUGGUCAAUCUGUGAAAGUUACAGCCAGUUCAAUGUAAAUCGUGGCCAAGUUGGAGAGAGCUCCCUGUCUGUUAUGUGCACUAACACAGCAUUGAUGUUUUAAACACUAUUUCAAGGUUUGUUUGUUUAGAAGUUAUUUUUUAACUGAUGAUUAUUGUCGCUGAGAUUACUGCUGCCAAUUUGUAAUCCACUCUAAUUCACAGCUAAUUUCACUGAUGCAAAAGGAGGCAGUGAGUCAGAUUACAGGUGUGAUGUGUGUUGUGUAGUUUACAGUUUGUUGUAACACCACAGUCCUGUUACACAUGGAGGGACGGCUCCUCGGCUGGUCUGUACAGUAACUGUCUGAACUGCAUUAAUAAAUUUCAGUUUUUCUGUUCA